UUCCCAUGUCGGUAGUAGGUGUGGAGGUUGAGAAGAAAAAGAUUCAGAAGUUGGUGGGGAUCGCAGUGCUAUUUGUGGGGGUGACUCUAGCUUGCUUGGUGCUUUCUAAUUCAGUGCCAAGAUAUUAUGUGUUGAGCCAAGUCUUUGCCAUAAACAAUGAUGCCUUUGCAGCUACCAACAAGGAUCCAUUAGACAUAGUCCUAGAAAACGCAUCAACAAAGGACAAAACAGUGAUCCUAACAAACUUAAACGAUGCAUGGGCAGAGCCACAUUCAAUAUUCGAUUUGUUUCUUGAGAGUUUUCGAAUAGGAAUUAGCACAAAGAGUUUGGUGAAACAUUUAAUAGUAAUCUGUUUGGAUGAAAGGGCUUACAGUCGUUGCUUGGCUUUGCAUCCUCAUUGUUAUCAUUUUCAAAUUGAAGGUUUCAACUUUACCCGUGAAGCUGUUUAUAUGACUCCAGACUAUUUAGAAAUUGUUUGGAGGAAGAUCGAUUUUUUGGCUACUGUUCUUGAGAAGGGAUACAACUUUGUAUUUACGGAUAGUGAUAUAAUGUGGCUGCGAAAUUCUUUUCCACGGUUUUAUCCUGAUGCAGAUAUCCAAGUAUCAUGUGAUACGUACUUUGGAAAUUCUACAGAUGUAAAUAAUCUAUCAAACACAGGGUUUAGUUUUGUAAAAUCCAAUAACCGAACGAUUCAAUUUUACAAGUUUUGGUACGAAUCUAGAAAGAGGUUUCCAAACCAUCAUGACCAACAUGUAUUUGAUGAGAUAAAAUAUGAUCCGUUCAUUACAAAGAAUAUUGGACUGCAAAUGAGAUUUCAUGAUACUGAUAUUUUUGGUGGGUUUUGUCAUCCCAGUAAAGAUUUCAAGUUGGUUUGUACGAUGCAUGCGAAUUGUUGUAUUGGUGCAGAGCACAAAGUUAACGAUCUUCGAAUUUUGCUUGAUGACUGGAGAAGAUAUAAGUCAUUAGAACCAAGAAUGCAACCAAAUGUUUCAUGGAACGUUCCACAAAAUUGCAGGUAGCUAGAACAAUUAUGUGAAAUUCUUUGUUGAUUUUGGAUAUGUAUAAGACUCGGAAAUAGUGCUCAAUUUUUACAAUAUGGAUUAUAUUUCAUAUAUUUUCUGAGGCAUAGACUCGAUGAUCCUUUUCUUA